AUGACAACCACGGGUCCAGAGGUGCUCUGGGAGGUGGUUCAUCCAAGCUGCCCACUACGGGCAGAGCCACAUUUUGACGCCAAGGUGCUGGGCUGGAAGCAGCGAGGCAAUCACAUCUCUUGCAGCGAGAUCACCACGGAUGGUUGGCUCAAAAUCUCCGAUGGCCGUGGAUGGAUGCUCUCGGAUAUGCAGGGCCUUCAUGGCCUGGGCAGUCUGUUGCAGCCGCGCCGGGGCCAGGAAGUGGAUUUAGCAGUUGAUGAGCCGCAGCCGCAAGGAAUUUGUUGCCUGGAGGUGACCUUUGCCCAGGUGGCAGUGCGAGCUUUUCCCAGCCGCGAUGCUAUAGCUUUAUGCUAUCGCCGUAAAGGCGAGCUGGUCUUCGCGCGCUCCCAGAACUUUGCGGGGUGGCUGCGCCUAGCUGGUGAGGAAGGAUGGAUGUUGGCCUUCGCCCCAGAACACGGCCAACUUCUACAACCUCGGGAGGCUAAGGAGAGUGUGCAAGUUGAUUUGUGGUCUUUGUGUGACCUUUGGUCCACGGUCCGUCGGAAGAAGCGCAUGCUGACUCCAGCGGACGUAAAGGCAUUGAAGGAUGCUGAGGAGGGCACAAAGAUCAUGGCUGGCAUGGACUACGAGCAUCAUGUGGCUACGGGAAAUGCGGAGCCGCUGGUGGAAGAUGGUCUUCUUACAAAGGAAGAUUUGAGCCGACCAGAGGAGUGGAUUCGUCAGAGGAUCUUCGCCAAUUCACUUUUGAGAAUGGUUAAGGAAGAGCCUCCCUUCUGCGAGCUUUGUCCUCCGGAUUUCAGGCUCACACCACGGCCGCUUCCUCAAGAACUUUUUAAAGCGAAGGACCUCGCAGAAGUGAAGGGCCAGCCUCCGGAGAGCCGUGAGAAGGCACCGAAGGCACCUGAGCCGAAGGCAGCCGGGUACAAUGGACGAGCCACAGGCGUGGAUCCUCCUGCCUUUGGCUUUCCAGACCGCAGAGGUGCCAAGGGUGCUUCAAUGGGCCAGCGGGACUUCUUCCUAGGUGGAGCGUCCAAAGGUCGUGGAGCCGCUGGAGUCCGAAACGGCCGUGCAGGACGCCAGGCCAAGGGCAAAGGGAAAGGUCCCUUCGGCAAGAUGCCCUUCGGUGGCUUCGGAGGUAUGGCUGGUAUGGAAGAUAUGGAUAUGCCUGGUCUUGGCGUGAUGCCAGUGGAGGUCAACGGUGAGGAGAUGCUGAUGACGGAGGCCGGCCUCAUUGUUGAUCCAGCAACACAGGCUCCAGUUGGAGUGUUGAACCCAGCGACCGGCGAGGUCACAGAGAUCACCGAGGAGCACAUGCAGACUUUGAUGCAGACCCUUGGGCAGAUCAAUAUGGUGGAGCUUGAUGGCAGGCCAUACCUCAUGAUGGCGGGUCUCCUGGUCGACCCGCAGACCCAGGAGGUGGCCUUCAAGGUGGAGCCGGAUGGCACCGUCAUCGACGCUGCCACCGGGGAAGCCUGUGGCAUGAUCGAUGUGGACAACGCAGACAACCCGGACGUCAUCCCCACCAAGACUCCGCCCAAAACUUUUAAGGACGAGAACUUGGAUGCACACGGCUGGUACGAGCGAGCAAAGGAACUCAUGGCAGAUGAUUACUACUACCAGGCUGCCGCUGCCUUUGGCGAGGCCCUGCAGUGUUGUCAGGAAGAGCGAGCUGUUGAGCUUGAGUUCGAAUGUGAAUUGUUAAAAGGCCGAGCGUCCUGCUGGAGGAAGAUGAAGGAGUUCAAGUCCCUCUUAGAAGAUGCAGAGAAGCUGAUCAGCUAUGAUGCUGAUGACCAAGAGGCUCUGGAGUGGAAGCGCCUGGCCAUGGACGAAUUGGGCAAGGCGAGAAGACGCUGA